AGCAUUUAAUAAAUUUAUUCAGAGAUGGACAACUUCUUAUUCGAACAUACUAGAAUAAAUAGUGAUGUAUGUAAGUUCAAGAUUUUUAGUGACAAUAAAAUUCUAAAAUACAAUCAAGUUAUGAGUUUAUUGAUUGAAAACUGGAACUUUAGACAAUUUUUUAUAAAUGGUUUAGUUAACAGCCCAAUAAAGCCCUUUUUCUUUGAAACACCUGCAGUAAACUACACAACAUUAUACCUUAUUGAUUUUGAAUUUGUUUUAAUUAAAGCUAAUGCACUAGAAAAUGUAAAAGUAGACUUAACAUCAUUUAGUAAUCAAUUCUCAAGUUCGAAAUCUGUAGUUGUGUUUCACAACAUAGGGAAAGAUGCAAAACUUGUUGUACCUUGUCCCAUCCAUGGACUUGAUUUGUCACACUAUGCUCAUUUUUCAAGCUUUGUAGAGUAUGGUUGUCCUGACCAAGUUGAACAAUUGCUAGUAGAAACUGCUUUUGCAAUAAUGGAGGAGAUAAAGCUUCAAUCAGAUAAGCUAAUAUGGCUAUCCACAUCUGGUUUAGGUGUUUCUUGGAUACAUAUCAGAUUGGACUCAAAACCAAAAUAUUAUAACUUUAUCCCAUAUAAAAUUGAAUAAAUUUGUAAUUUUAGUUUAUAUAUCAGUUACAUAAAUUUAAAUAAAUAAUAUAUGUACAAAUAAUAUUGCAACAAAUAUAUAAACAAAUGAAAUGUUUCAUUAAGUUCAUUAAGUUAAAGUUUUAAAAAAAUUUAUACUUUAUAAUUGUGUAAACAAGUAAUCCAAACUAUAAAUUUAUAAAAUCAAUGAUAAAUAUAAACUUUUAAAUGUCAUUUGAACAAAAUCAUGGAAGUUGAUGAUGACAAAGAUUGUAUAGAAGAAACAAUGCUUUUGAAUUUGGAAAUUGUUAAAGUUGUUCGAGAAAAAAGUAAGCGCCUUGGUAAUCUUCAAGCACAAUUGUUAUCAAAUAUUGAUGAAAUAAAGCGAGAAAAGUCAAACUACAUUGAUUGCAAGAAGCAGCUUAUUUUGUUAAGGCAUGAAAAAAAAUUUCAUGAAGAAGCGUUAAUUCAAAUUGAUAAUGAUUUAAAACAGCUGCAAAACUUUAUGGCAUGUUCUGAUAUAGAAAUCAAUAAAGCAAAAAAACGAGCUAUUGACAUCCUAGAUGAGUUCAAUCCAUUAAAAGAUAUUGUUAACAAUACUAGAGCUUCUAUUGGAUUAGAUCUGAUACCUGAUUUGAAGGAAGUUGAUGUACUAUAUUCAUAAUUUAAGAUUUUAAUGAGAGUUACUAGCACAAUCCAUUGUUGCCAAAAUUAUAAAGCAGUAGAAGUGCAGGAAGUAUUGUUAAUAGAUUGUUGGUAAAAUUAAAAAAAAACAUAUUAUCGUUGUAAAUAUAAAUAUGAAAAAAAAUAUUUUGGU